AUGGCGAAUUGGUCCGAACUUCCGUACGAUCUACUUGUUACGAUAGCGAAACUUGUUACAAAGAUGGAGGAUUUCGUUAUAUUUGGUGUGGUUUGUAAAUCAUGGCGAACUGCUGCUACCAAAGAAAAUUUUGAUGUGUCAUUGCCCCAAGUUCCGUUGCUUAUGUUGGCUGCUGAUAAAGACGAUGAUUAUCGAGAAUUCUACUCUCUUUCUAAGAAGAAAAUUACACGUAGAGUCUUUCUCCCUGAAGCUAAAGGGCGAAUGUGUCUUUCAACACAAGGAUGGCUUUGCACCACGAAAUAUACAGGUAUUGGAGAUAUGACUUUAUUGCACCCUUUUUCGCGCACCCAAAUACAUCUUCCUCCAGCAUCACAAGAUAAGGAUGCAGUCAUCGACUUAGCUGUGUUAUCUGCUAAUCCUUCCCUAACAUCCAACUAUGUUCUCAUGAUUUCGUAUUUUGAACAAUUUAGCUAUCAUUUUGCUUUUUGGCGACCUGGAGACCUAUGUUGGACUAUAAUUGCUUCCAAAAAAUAUGGUGAGGUCACUGAUAUCCACUACUUUAAUGGACAAUUGUAUUUCACUGCUCACCCUGGCAUAAUCUUUGUUGUAGACCCUGGAAAUCCUGGGACACCGCGCUUGGUUAUUAACAUGGAGGUAUAUGAUAUAGUAGUUAGGCGGUAUGGGACUUUCUUUCAUCUAGUUGAAGUAUCAGGUGCAUUAUUAUUUGUUACACAAAUUUGUGAUUACGAGGAACCUGAUGGACCUAAUGGUGGGUACAGUGCCUCUAUGUUUCGAGUGUGGGAAAUAGAUGUAAUCAAAGGAGAAGCAAAGGUGGUUAAAGAAUUGGGAGAUAGAGCUAUUUUUUUGGGGCGUAAUGCAUCUAUUACCAUUAAUAAUGUCUCUUCUAAACAAGUCGUAGGAGUGAAGCCUAAUCAUAUCUAUUUUACUGAUGGUUGGACAGAGAUGUAUCUUCAACUCGAAGGAGGUGGUGGUAGAGAUAUGGGGGUAUACAGUCUUGAAGAUGAAAAAAUUCAACUUUUUUAUGAUGGCAUUUCCGUUAGUCCUAUUUGCCCGCCAACUUGGGUUAUACCGUCAUUCUGA